AAUUAACAAGGCUACAUUUUGUGGGCAGGCGGCACCUAUCACGUUUUUAAAAAGCUGCAAAGGGGUGUUUGCGAUGUCACGUCUUUUUGGGUUACUGAUUCUAUUGAACAUGUGACUGAAUUAGGCGCUCACAUGGCUGCUGUGGCUGCAUGAUCCGCUUUUCGUCUUUUAAAGUCCGGUGAUCGGUAGCUCCCUCGGCAGCAACCAUCCGGAGCAGAGGACCGCUGAAAAACACAGCGCCUACCCGGACAAAUCAUGGCGAACAGCGGGCAGAAAGUUGUGCUGAUCACCGGCUGUUCCUCCGGCAUCGGGUUACGAAUUGCCGUCACGCUGGCCAAAGAUGAAAAGAAGCGUUACCAUGUCAUUGCCACCAUGAGAGACCUGAAGAAGAAGGACAAGCUGGUGGAGGCGGCUGGAGAUGCAUAUGGAAAGACCUUGAUGUUGCUUCCAUUAGACGUGUGCAGUGAUGAGUCCGUCAGGCAGUGCAUCAACAAUGUUAAGGACCGCCAUAUUGAUAUUCUGAUCAACAACGCAGGUGUGGGUUUGCUUGGCCCCGUGGAGAGCAUCAGCAUCGAGGAGAUGAAAAAAGUAUUCGAGACCAACUUCUUCGGCGUGGUUCGCAUGAUCAAAGAAGUGAUGCCCGACAUGAAGAAGAGGCGUUCAGGACACAUCGUGGUCAUGAGCAGUGUUAUGGGUCUUCAGGGAGUGGUGUUCAAUGAUGUUUACACUGCGUCUAAGUUUGCUAUGGAAGGGUUCUGUGAGAGUAUGGCUGUGCAGCUGAUGAAGUUCAAUAUCCGGUUGUCCAUGAUUGAGCCUGGCCCCGUGCACACCGAGUUUGAAACAAAGAUGAUGGAGGAUGUGGCUAAGAUGGAGUAUCCAGGAGUAGAUGCCGACACAGUUCGUUAUUUUAAAGAUGUUUACCUGCCAUCAUCCAUAGAUAUAUUUGAGGCCAUGGGCCAAACACCAGAAGACAUAGCCCAAUGCACUAAAAAGGUUAUUGAGUCAAACAGCCCUCGCUUCAGGAAUCUGACCAACAGCCUCUACACACCCAUUGUGGCCUUAAAAUACGCGGAUGAGACUGGCGGCUUGUCUGUGAACACCUUCUACAACCUACUCUUCAAUUUCGGCCCUCUCAUGCACAUCACUAUGAGCAUCCUCAAGUGCUUGACGUGCAGCUGCCUGCGCAGACGCACCAUCUCACCUAACUGAAGAGGUCCUUCAAUCCUGCCCCUUACCCUUAACCUCCCAGUGUGUUGACCCCCACUGAAUUCCUCAGUGCCUUUCCCUGAGGUUUUGGGCCGAGCAGGUAGACUAGAACCAGUAACCUGGAGAGUGGAGGCGCCUUUUAGUUCAGAGACACUACCAUGAUAAGCUUUGCCAGACAACAUGCACAAUUGCACAAGUUUGUCCCAGAGAUGUUAUAUACAGGAUGACCUCAUGUACUGACACACAAACAUGCACACACCACAAUACAGAAAUACAAACAACACACACAUUGGAAUAUUGUACAUACAUAUUAUGAAGAGAAGGCCAUGAUUUGUCUUGGUUUCAUGGGAGGAACGGAAAAACUGUAGCAGAAGUGGUUAGAUAUUGUGUAAAGCGAACACGCAGACAGAACACGAGACAGACAUCAAAGCACAAUUAAUGAACUCAAUUAACGAGAGAAUAAGAUUCUAGAAAAUAAUACUAGAAUUUGUAGCCUAGAUGACUUGACACUCAGGCUCAUCAGAGUUAUGACAUACAGUAUAUACAGUACAGAGUCAGAAUAUAUAUACCUGCUUGUGUUGUGCCCUUAAUUUCAUGUUUGCCUUAAUAUAGUGUUCUCAUGGUCAUAACUGCUGUUGAAUCAUGUUUUUAAUCUUUUGAUAAACUGAAUGUUUUUUGGUUUUUAAAGGUUUAUGAAGGGUUGGGUCAGAUACUUUUAAUCUAGUAAUUUGAUUUAGAAAUAAACAGAAUUCUGAUUUA